AUGUCCCCAAUCCUCAAAGUACAACAAUCUGAACUCUCCGAAGCUUCCAAAAUCGCAUACGACGCCUUCAAAUCCAUUGACGUGGUCAAAUGUCUCAACGGACAGUCAUCAACUUAUGCUCAAAUGAUGGCGCGAAUCAAGACGGCUGCUCGGUUGUAUAUGAAAUUAGCUGUUCUCGUUUCAGUUCAAACGGCGUUUCCACGAUUCAUGUCGUUCGUCAUGUUUGUGCAGGGCUUUUGGUACGGAAAUGUAUUGGUACAAUCAGGAAAGACGACGCCAGGCGAUGUCUUGACGACGUUUUGGGCUUGUUUGAUUGUUACGCAGUCGCUAGCACAGCUGGUGCAGCAUUCAGCUUCGUUGGAAAGAGGAAAAAUUGCUGGUGAAACGUUGUAUCAGUACAUAUUUGCUGAUGCUAUGAAUGAAUCGCAAUUUAGGAUACAGAGGAAUCGGUAUCCGAAUCUCCAUACCGAGGAUAUCGUCUUGAAAGAUGUCGUCUUUGCUUAUCCAUCCACACCCGAAAGACCGGUACUCAAUGCUCUUAAUAUCAGAUUUUCGGCAGGCAGGACAACCUUCAUUGUCGGACGCAGCGGAGCCGGAAAGAGCACCCUAAUGAACCUGCUGUUGCAAUUUUAUUCACCAACCUCUGGGGGGAUUCUAGUCGGAGAUACCCCAUUUCAAGCGACUGACACAGCCUGGGUGCGCCAAAAUGUGACUUUUGUCCAACAGAAUAGCUACCUGUUCAACGAGACCCUUUGGGAUAACAUUGCUUUUGGGGCACGUAGCCCACGAAGCGUCUCCAAUGAACAGAUGGAGAGGAGUAUUGAGAUGGCAAAUCUACAAGACACAAUUCGCAACUUACCGAAUGAGCUCAACACCGUUGUUGGAAUGGGUGGAGACUUGCUCAGCGGCGGACAGAAACAGAGAGUCGCUAUUGCGCGAGCGAGGAUGAAGAACAGUGCAGUCCUCAUUCUUGACGAAUUCACAAGUGCAUUAGACCCUGAUAAUCGCUCGACGGUUAUGGAAUCCGUGCGAAAAUGGAGAUAUGGGAUGACGACGAUUAUUGUUACCCAUGACACGGCUAAUAUACUUGAUGAUGAUCUGGUGUAUGUGUUAGAAGCUGGAAGAGUGGCUGCUUCGGGGCUCAAGAAGGAUUUGAUAAAGGGUGAUCAACGUGCAAUUUUUGCGGAGGCAAUUACUGAUCCGAUAAUGGCCCGGCAUUCACUUGGCCAAAAUACGAUCGAGUCGAAGUGUUUAUCAGAGCAGUCCUGGUUUGACGAUUCUCCAACCAACACGUGGUUUCCAUCCUGUGAGAGUGAUGGUACCACCGCCUUGAUUGAUAGCAAAGCGCCAGGCAGUCCGUAUGAGAAAGAUAUCAAAUUUUCACCAAUACCACAAAUCUCUCUUCGAGAGGUAUUACCUAUUCCCCGUCGCAAAUCGCGGUCUGGGCGUGAUCGAUCGCCCAACGCAGAUGACGAGAAGCCUCUCACAUCUCCAGACACGCUCCGAACCUUUCUAGCAAGAGGUCAUCGUUAUAAGAAGCUAGAGUCGGAAGGAACCGAAACAAUCACCACGACCCUACCGUUGCACAAGACAUUGAUGACCAUUCCCAAAAUUCUCAAUCUGAAACAAAGAAUCCUUUUAGGUACCGCAAUAGCACUCGCAUGUAUCCAUGCAGCCGCGACACCUAUCUUCUCAUACCUCCUCUCUCAGCUUUUUGACUCCUUCUACAUUGCAGACCGACACAAAGCCAGCUCGAUAGCAAAAAAAUAUUCCAUAUCAAUCGUUUCGCUAUCUAUAGUGGACAUCUUCAUAACUUUUGGUAUGUACUACAUCCUGGAAUACUGCAGCCAAACAUGGAUGGACAAGCUACGCGCUCGGUCGAUGCAACUCGUUCUUGCUCAGCCAUGUUCAUGGUUUGAGCAGGAAGAUCACAGUCCCCUUCAACUCACUAUCUGUCUCGAUCAACAUGCCGAGGAAAUUCGUAAUUUGGCGGGCAAAUUCGGAAGUUUUGUGAUUAUUUCCAUCAUGACGGCUUUUAUUGCUAUUGUCUGGAGUUUGAACUUGAAAUGGCAGUUGACGUUUGUGAGUCUGUCAUGUGCCCCGGUGUGGUAUGGAGUGAGUAAAGGGCUAGAAGCGGUGAACACAAAGUGGGAAAGAUUAUCGAACGAUUUGAAUGAGGAUAUGGCGAAUGUGUUUUCAGAAGCAUUUAUGGAUAUUGCGACUGUGAGGGCGUAUACGUUGGAAAAUCAUUUUAGAGUUAAACUUGCGGAUGUUUCACGUCGGAGGUUAGGCGUUGGGUUCAAACGGGGGAUCUAUACAGGGUUGCUUUUUGGACUUGCGGAGUCCGUUAUCAUUUUUGCGAGUGCAAUGCUCAUUUAUUAUGCGGCGGAUUUGGCUGCCCUUGACGCAAAAGGAAUCUCUAAUAUUGUGUCAGUACUCACAAUGAUCUUAUUCAGUCUUGGAUAUGCAGUUUCCAUGAUGUCGUGGAUUCCACAGGUGAACUCGGCCAACGACACGGCAACGCGGCUCAUCAAACUGUCCCGACUACCACAUGGAUCCUCGCACGAAACUUCAGGCAAACUUCGAGUCUUUGAGCCCGUCCCCAUCGAAUUUCAUAAUCUUAGCUUCCGAUAUCCAUCACGUCCCGAAGCGCCCAUUCUCACCAACUUCUCGUUGAAAAUCCCCGAAAGCAGCUGCUCAGCGAUAGUAGGAAGCUCCGGCUCAGGCAAAUCAACCAUCAUAUCCCUUCUUCUGGGCCUCUAUGCCUGCCCCGACCCAUCACCAGGACAAGGCAUCACCGCACCACUUACUCUCGGGGGCGUCGAUAUCCGACAACUCCAUAUGCCUACUCUUCGAUCAAUGAUAGGUUACGUUCCGCAACAACCAAAACUCUUCGCCGACACGGUCCGCGCAAACAUCACAUAUGGACUUGACCCUUAUUCCAGGUUCAAUUCCCUCAAGAACGUCGAAGCCGCCGCCACCGCGGCUGGAAUAGCAGAUUUCAUCCAUUCUCUGCCGGAGGGAUAUUCAACGCUAGUCGGAGAAGGUGGACUCACAUUAUCGGGCGGCCAGGCUCAGCGUCUGGUAAUUGCGCGCGCGUUAGUACGGCAUCCACGGAUUCUGAUAUUGGAUGAAGCUACUUCGAACCUGGAUACGGAGAGCGCGGAAAUCAUUCGCAGAUCUGUGAGGAGGCUAUUGAGUGCGCCGAGACAAGGACUGACGGUCAUUCUGAUUACGCAUUCGAUGGAUAUGAUGGAGAUGGCGGAUAAUGUGAUUGUUGUCAACAAAGGGGGCGUGGUGGAGCAGGGGUCGUUUACGGGGCUAUUGAAGAAGAGGGAUGGGAGGUUGAGGGAGAUGUUGGACGUUGGAUGUUGA